AUGAGAUAUCCGAGGUCUUUUUUAGCCCUCGUAUCGGUAUUCGCGGCAGUGUCCGUGCUUGGAGUAUUUGCAUGCUUCACAGCAUGGAAAUAUCGAUUACCGUUCACCACGCUACCAAUUCUCACGGCCAUCCUAGGACCCGCCGAUUUGUUAACGACAUACCGUUCCCUCGGUAUUGCAACUUCGCGAAAGGCGUCUAAACGUCCACUUUCGGCGUUUCCUCUCGCAAUUAAUUUGGCCCUGCUCAUACUUCCUUCGGUGCUUAUAGCUUUAGGAGCACCGAACCUAUCAGGGGCGUCAAAAUGCCAGCUAAAAGAUACAUGGCAAGCAUGGUAUUCCGCCCACGAUAAAGAUGCGAUCAAGGGGGUGCAGGAUGCUUUGCAGUGCUGUGGAUUCGGAAAGGUGACGGAAAUGCCGUUUCCGUUUUAUAAAGGCCCAAAAGGAAAGGGUCAACCUCCUGAAGUCCCCGCGAAUACUUGUUCGGUUGCGCUAGGACGGGAUCUACCCUGUGCCCCAGUUUGGGAGGGCGAGUUGAAGCUCGCGGCUGGGUUGGUUGUGGCAGCGGCUGCUAUAACCUUGCUUGUAAAGUUCGCUUUUUUUAUCAUCAUCCUGGCUAGGCCGGGUUUUGCUGAGAAAUGGUUCGCGAGGCAGAAAUACAACGAGUAUGAAAAUACCCGCACCAUUGAGAAUCUCGGCGACGAUUAUGAGGAGCCAGAGGAGAAUGAACCACCGACACAAUACGAAACUUUACCGACACAUCGUACAACUUCAAAUCUACCGGCUAUCGAGAGUGAUGUGAAUGAGAGGACAGGGUUAAUGUUGGCAAGGGAUCACAACAGAGGCGGCAACCAAGCCCCUCUAGACGGCCAUUCCCCAUGGGCUUCGCAUUCGUCUUGA